AUGCUUCAAGAAAUAACAUUGCUGCUAGCCUCCGUGGCAAGCAAGGCUCUCCGCAUCCCUCGUACAGCACCCAAGGCUUCUCGUAGUUUCGCUCAUGGCGGAGCUGACGAGUCUGAUUUCUGGAAGAACGUCUCCCUUGGCGGCCUCGUGCUUGUCGGUGUUGUCGGAGCGUGGGAGUACAAGGUGCACAUGGACCAUCACAACGAUCCGCACAUGGACCCUGCCAAGAACACCUUCCCUUACAUCCACAUUCGCAACAAGCAAUAUCCCUGGUCCUGCGGGGAUUGCAAUCUUUUUGACAGUGAAUGCUGGAAAGAAUGCAAAGGAAAUUGA